AUGGUUUGGCUAGAAUCCUGUUGGUCGCCAUUUAUUUGGUCAAAUUCCGUCAAAUCCGGAAGCUAUGCAGUAGCCGCGUACACUGUGGCCAUUUCGAUCGUGUUGAUAACGAUGGUAACAUACAACCUGCUGGGAGGAGACUCAUCUCAGCUAUAUUCACCGCUGUUUGAGACCGACAUUCGUGACUCAAUGCAGGUGGUUGGAGGAUUUUUCAUCCUGUACUUUAUUCUGCUCAUAUUAUCUGCUGGUGGGAUUUGCUAUUCGUUAAAAACCACAACCCGUGGUUGGAUGUUACCGUGGCUGUCGCUGUUUGGAAUAGCGAUUCUAUUCCAGCUUGUGUUCGGCUUGUGGCUAAUUGGUGGCUAUUACAUUUAUUUGCAGCAAACUCUCUCGAGUCUGAUCCUUUGGGUGUGGAUGGCCUACAAUAUCUACUGCUGGAUGUGCGUGUACUCGCAGUAUCAGAUAUUUGAAAAUCUUCAAUCACCAAACAUUGAGCUAUUAAUGCCUUGA